ACUGUAUUUUGCUUUCAAUGGCCGUGGGUACGAGAAUGGUCCGGAUUCUAUAAUCUUCAAUUGUCCUAUUCACUCUCCUCGCUUUCAUGUCUACAACCCGUUCACGAAAGAACCCUUGAACCCAUCGACGACAGCCGUCGGUCAUCGGAGACAACGACGACGUUCGCCGGACCACGACGAGACCAGAUUAUCGAUCCAUUGGACAAAAAAUAUAUCACUUCUCGCGCUUCGUCGGACGCAAGAUCUGAAGGAAAUCAGAAAAGAAGAGAUGGAGAGCAACAACUCCAACGAAGAAGACACAUUACAAGUUCGAAAAUUAGAGAUUACAGACAAAAACAAGGGUUAUAUCGAACUGCUGCAACAAUUAACUAUCUGCGAUUCUGUCUCUGACAACGACUUUCAAGAAAGAUUUCAAGAGCUUAGUACAUAUGGUGAUGACCAUCUUAUAUGUGUAAUUGAAGAUGAUUGUUCCAGAAAGAUUGUUGCAACCGGGAGUGUGUUUAUUGAAAAAAAGUUCGUGAGGAAUUGCGGCAAAGUUGGACACAUUGAAGAUGUGGUGGUUGAUUCCCGUGCUCGGGGGAAACAAUUAGGGAAAAAAAUUGUUGGGUUCCUCAUGGAUCAUGCUUGUUCCAUGGGUUGUUACAAAGUGAUCCUUGAUUGCAGUGUUGAGAACAGAUCUUUUUAUGAGAAAUGUGGUUUCAAGCAGAAAGAAGUUCAGAUGGUGAAGUAUUUCAUAUGAUUAUGAUGUGGUUGGUUCGUAUGUUUUCAUUUGGCUCUAUUUAAGGCCAUUGUUUCAUUUCGCUUUAUUUAAGGCCAUUGUUUCAAUUCACGAACUAUCACGUCUUUUCUUAAUUACAUGCCAUUACAUCUUUCUUUCAGUCAUGAA